CACUGAUAGUGAUGCAAAGAGAUUGCUCAUUCGAGAACAAAUGAACGAUGCGGGUUGGGGGCAGGUGUGGUAGUUGUCUGUUUUUGUUGUAAAAUCAGUAUGCUGUUAAAUUAUAGUUUUACACGCAGAAAAGAUCGUGUACGGGUGUACAAAGUGUACAUUGUUGAUGUUUGUCAACGGAGGUGUACAAACGGAACGAGUCAACUGGAUUCGAGGAGUGUUUAGUGCCUUUUUUAAAAACUAAUUGGUCGACAAGAAGGCGUCAUUCAAAUAAUGAAUGUACCCGUGCGACCAGCACCUGCACCACCUGGCAAAGACAGACGAAAGAUUCAGGGAUCAUUUUUCGACUGGGACGAUGGAAAUGAUCCCUUUUUUGGCAGUCAACCAUCUACUUUUGUAUCAAAUCAGCUGACAACGGCCAAGAAGAAGCCACCACCUCGCCCACCACCACCGAAAUUUGAAAAUAAGAAGCAACAAAAACAGGUGUCGUCACAGGGACGUUUUGUCGGGUUGUUCACAAGAUACCAACGUACGAAUACCUCCAACAGGAGCAAGCCUAACAAUCAAAAGAAUCAUGCAACAUCAUUAUCAGGAAGCUGCCGACCAUAUUCUCCCUCGCCUACCAGCCGCUCAAGCAGUGAUGGUGUUAGUGUUAAUAGUUUCGGAAGCGAUGGCUCAUUUUCUAAUAACACAGCAAUUGGCGGUAAUGCUUCAAUAUUUGAAAGUGGUUUUGAAGAAGACUUUGAUUUCUGGCUUUCAACAUCUACAAAGCCACAAGCAAAUGAACAAAAUGAUCCUUGGAAAGUAACACAGCAAGACCCAUUCUCACCACCUCCGCAGACACCGCAACAGAUGGUACAUAGUGCGAGUUUCCCUGUACAGAAGUUGAACACUAGCUCCUGGUUUGAUGAGCUUAGUAAGCCAAUUCCACCAGCUCCUUCUACACUAAAAAGUGCACCCUUGUAUGGGUCAGUGCCGACUAUUAUCCGUCCUAAACCAAAUCGGUCUACACAGCCUCCAAAACUUGUACAAAAUGGAGCAACAGAGAAAAAAUUUCAAAGUCACUCACUGCAGCACGCAUUUUCGGCACUCACAUUGUCUGACACUUCUGUGAAGCUGAACACUCAAGAAACUGAAGAGACCAGUGAUUACGAGGACCAAGAUGACUGGGAACCACCGAUGCCUUCCAUUCCACCACCCCCGCCGCCACCUGAAGUUGUAGAAGAGCUGGCGAAAAUUGCACCACCAGUUCCACCUAAACCACUACCACAGAGUGUCAAUCAAAACAAACCACAUGGCGUAGCUUUGUUUGACUAUGACUCUCCCCAUCCAGAUGAUUUAUCAUUCAAGGAAAAUGAUGUUAUCAUAUUAAAGAGACGUAUAAAUGCUGACUGGUUGUAUGGACAACUUGGACAAAAGGAAGGCAUGUUUCCAUCAAAUUUCAUCAAUGUAAUUGUUCCACUGGAUAAUGAGGGUGACUUUCUAGUGAAAGCAUUGUACCAAUUCAUAGGGGAGACAUCAUCUGACUUGGAGUUUCCGGAAGGUGCUUUCAUUAAAGUCCUUAGCCGGAUAUCAGCAGACUGGUUGUAUGGUGAAUACGAGGGAAGGAGAGGUCAAUUUCCAGCAACAUAUGUUGAUCACAUUCCAUCUGGCCUGCCAGACUAUUUUAACUAAUGAUAUUUUUGCUAUUUUAUGUAAUAUACACCACUGAAUUUCAACUUCCAUUUAGAAUGAUCUCAUGUAGGCACUUUGAUAAUCUUCUAUCAAAAUUUAUAGCUUAAUUUUUUGAUGCAGUAUUUGUGAUGAAUGUCACAGGAUCAAAGCUUUAUAGUAUAUGAAGAUCUUUGAUAGUACUGAAAUCUUAAGACAACGAAGUGAUUUAUGUUAGGACUGUUUAGUAGUGUUGCUAAAAAUAUUUAGCUAAUGAUGAGUCUUUAACGUUUUUACAAGGCGCAUAGAGUAAUUUGCAGGAGAUCUUGUUGGUAAACAGUAACAAAUGGUGCUAAAGAACAUUAUCAUAUCAUGUAUAGUUUCUUUGUUUUGUUAUGAUUAAUAUAUUCUAGUAAAUUUAUUCUUAAAUUAUCCUUAUUACUGUAUUGCUGUCAUACAAGUUUUCAAUAUUACUUGCUAUAAGCAUUUGGAAUAUACCUGGAAAGCAAGAACUUUACCGUUUUAUCCAUUGUACAUCUUUCACCAAAACUACAGUUGUCGAACAAUUUGUGAGCUUUACAUCAUGUGUAUGAUAUAUCAGUAUUUCAGUUCAAGGUCAUUCAUGCAGUUAAUUUUGUUACUGAAACUAAGAGACUGUCUGGCCAUAACAGGGAUAAAUAUGUUAUUUUUGUACACAAAUCCCUUAAAAUUAUUAUAUUAAACUAUAUAUAAACUUUUUUUAAACAAUAUAAAACUUGUAACAGUGCAUUAUCAAAUUGUGAUAACUUCAUUUGCUAAAAUUAUCUGUAGAUUAAUUAAAACUCCAGAAAAAGAAAUAUAUUUAUGAAUUGUAAUAUAUUUUUGAAAAUUAUUGAUAUUUUUUAGAGUUAUCAUGGCACUUUUGCUACAUAAAGUUUUUGAUUAAUUGUGUGUUUGCCUGAUGAUUGCUGUGAAUUGAGUGACUGUACAAAAAGUGAAAAAAAAGUGCUAUAUUGAUCCUUACAUGUGGAUGAAUGUACAUUUCAGACGUGUGGAACCUAUACAUGUAUAUUCCAGCAAUAUUGGUGAUAUUGUAAGAUGAAUUAAAGGAAAUGUGUUUUGCAAAUUAUUUGGUGAAGGUUAUUAACCAACGAGGCUGUGCAGUUGAUCUGGGGCUGCUAAACUACUCAACUUUUGCUGUCAAACAAGUCACAUCAGUCAUGUAGUAGAAAUCUAUUCCAGUGACAGUUUUUUUUUUUUUUGUUUUUGCUGUUUCUGGUGUGUAUAGUAGCAGUUUUAGCUUUGUUGUAAAGUAUUACUAAUCAUUAAGUUAUUCUAUUGUAUAUAACAUGGUUAGUUGCUCAGUGUCAUAUGUUUGUUAGUAUGAUGAUCAUUAAUGUAAUUCACCUAUCAAACAGUGGAGUCCAGUAUGGAAUAACAGUGUUAUGAAAAGGAUAGAUUGCUACUCAGCACAUAGAGGAAGUGUUGAGUUGCAGGCAGGGACAAUGAAAAUACUGCUGAAAAUUUAAACUUUUGGACCAAAAAGCCCUUCUUCAGAAA